AUGGAUUCAUUGAUUGAUAGUACUAAUCACAUAUCAAGUAGCAUUAAUGAGAUGGUCGAGUACCGCGCAUUAAAGGGCCAUAUUUAUAGUGUAGGGUUUCAGCCGGAUGAAUGCCUAAUACCGUUCUUAGAGUUAGUCGGGUUCGGAUCAGCAGCAUUGAUCCGGACUUUUAAUCUACGAUAUAACUUGAUUACUACCUUAGUCGAGCAAUGGCGUCCGAAGACCCACACAUUUCAUUUGUCGUGCAGGGAGUGCACAAUCACUCUAGAGGACGUUGCACUACAGCUGGGGCUCCCCAUCGAUGGGAACGCGGUCACGGGCGUAAGUUUGAUCUCCAGGCCUGCUCGCAUUUGCUAUGACUUACUUGGACGCUCGCCAAGUGAGGGAAAUUUUCAAACCUUGAAGUUUUCAUGGCUAAAGGCCAAUUUUGAAUAUUUGCCUAGUACUGCCACUGAAUUGGAGGUUAUGCAGGCAGCGCGAGCUUAUAUUAUGCACCUUAUAGGAGGUGUACUCAUGCCGGAUACACACGGAAGUGCAGUCCACUUAAUGUACUUACCGCUGCUAUCUAAUUUGCAUAACACGCAUUCAUACAGUUGGGGGUCCGCAGUGUUAGCCAUUUUGUACCGCGAACUUUGUCGGACGACAGAUCCUUCUGCGGUUGACAUAGGUGGAUGCCUCAUACUGUUGCAGUCGUGGGAUCUUUAUUAG